GGGAGUCGCCGCCUUCGUCGUUGACACACUCAUUCCAUCAUGCCUUUCGGUCUUAUCAUCGGAACUGACCGUGCAACUGCUCUACAAAAAUCCAUUCAGGAUGAACUCACAGCUCGUAGUUUCAGUCCCGAUGCUGAUCCUGUCAUGGCGGAAUAUAUCACCAUUAUGAUUAUAAACAAUAAAACUGCAGCACAAAUAACUUCGGAACUCAUGGAUUUAAUUGGUCCAGAAUUUGAUCCCAGCUUCACAGAUUGGCUCUUUGCUGAAGCUGCCAAAGGCGCGCCGGAAUCUGAAGCUCCGUCCGCUGCAUCUUCAACACCUGUAGAAAUACCUAAUGAAUCAAAACCCGUCACCCAACCACCCUCCAGCGACCCAGCGCGCCGCCCGCCUAAUGGUCCUCGAGCAGGUGCACCACUAUAUCAACAAGCCAUAUCUUCCGCUCUUCCUUCGACAUCUCAAAAGCGUCUCCGCUCACCCUCACCAUCUGCACAUCCAGCAAAGUCCCGACGCACAGACCUACUACCCACUGGUCCCCGGGCCAUGCAGAACCCACCACCGGCACAACGUAGUCUUCUUGACCGCGUCGGCGGUCCAGGACCCGGUCCGCGCUUCCAAGGUGGAAGAGAUGAAGUCCAAGUGCGUAUUGACAACAUCACGAACGCCUCGCCCGACCCAAGUGCGAUGAUGAGCUUCCCGAAUGGUAUGGGUAUGCCCGAAAUGGCUGUAGGCAUGGGGAUGCAAGCAAAUCCGUUAAUGCUACAAGAAAUGAUGUUGAGUCAAAUGGCUCUUAUGGCGCAGAUGGCGAACUCGAUGGGCAUGCUCAACCCCGGUAUGGGUAUGCCUGGGUUCAACCCAAUGCAGCAGGGUGGAGAUGCAGCGAUGUUCAAUGGUGGCGCAGGUGUGAAUGGACAUAGCUUCCCACAGAAUGGGGUGAAUGGCAGAGGUCGGGGUGCAGCGAGAGGGGGUCGGGGGCGAGGAGGUUCACGGGGCGGGCACAUGGGCUCGUCACCUGCUCCACCAUCUAUCGAGGAAGUGCCUACACCUGUGUCGGUUCCCGCUUCGGUAAUCGCUGAACCCGCACAGUCCACACCAAUAGCGGCGCCCAUUCCGCUUCCCGCAAGCGCCUUGUCAUCCAAUGCACCUCUAAAACCAGCAUAUGCCCUCCCCGAACGCCCGCAAUCACCUACAUUGUGCAAAUUCGGGAUCAAGUGCACUAACUCGCAGUGCCGAUAUUCCCACCCAUCUCCUGUCGCUACUGCUGAGAGUGGCGUUGUACUAAGCACCGAGGCGUGCGAGAAGGGCAAGGAUUGCAAAGACAAGGACUGUAUCAAGUCGCAUGUCAGCCCUGCUGUCAAAAACCCUGGCGCAACUCACACCCCAGUCCCAGCUACCACUACUACCACUGGGCCUCCUCAGCACACCGUCGCAUGUCGUUUCGGUGGUGCUUGCACACGCCCAAGUUGCCCGUACACGCAUCCUCCAAAGACAAAUCACUUCGCGCAACAAUGUCGCUUCGGUGCAGGUUGCACGCGCGCAUCUUGCCCCUUCCAACACCCGGACGGGCGGGUUCUCCCCUCUACAUUUCACCGCGGCCUGUCGACGACUGCACCCCUUGUAAACGUACAGGCGCCAGAGACGGGGAGCAUGGGUGCUCAAAGUCAUCACAGAAGCGUCACAUUUAACAAGCCGCAGGAUGUGAAGGAGAAGCUAAAGGAUAUCGAGAAACAGAAGGAGGCUGCGAAGAGAGCAAUUGAUGAGGCCAAGGCUGCGGGAGGGAAGAAGGAAGAGACGAAUGCAGUCCCAAUCGCUGUAUGACCGGGGGAAAUUUCGCCCGACUGUCCUUUAUUUAGAGGGAAACGUUCUCCAUCAGCUGCUUUUCGUUAAAUCCCUAACUCGGACACAGCCAGCGACUGCUUUUAUUAUUUUAUCGUGGCACUCAUGUAGUAUUUGCGUUGUUUUUUAUAUUUGUGUCUACUACUCGCUAGGUACUGCCGUUCUCGAACUUCGAAGGCGCUGAUUAUGCCGCCCAUCUGGGUCCUCGAUGAGGUUCCCGAAUAUC